UUGACCAUUUUCUUGCAAGAAAAUAAAUCUUCAGAAGACUUUUUGUUUCAUGCCUGUUUCAAAAUUGCCACGACAACUAACUAGCAUACUGAUCUUUUAUCAUAUAUACUGUGUCAUGUUGCUAAUUAAUUAUUAAUGAAAGUGCUGCUAAAACCUGUGCUUGUGGCAAUGAAAUGUGGUCUUUGUUUUGUGUUUCCUGUUAUAGAGAUUCAGAAUAUUUUUGAUCAUGAUGGAGAGCAACGUAGGCUUCAAUUCAACAUCUAACAGCACUGCUGUGGGUUCAGAGAAGAUCGCUCCUGCUGUAGUUCUGGGUUUGUGUUGUUUGGUUGGUUUGCCAAGCAAUAUUGCAGUAAUCAUCAGCAUUGCUCGUGAGUGGAACAGAAAUCUGAGCUUCACCUUAAAACUAAUGCUAAACCUUGUGGUCUCUGAUGCAUUGACCCUUUGCUUGGCUCCUUUUGUGCUGUAUGGAAUACUGUUUGGAUGGAUAUUCGGCCUUUGGUCUUGUAAGUUUAUGUUUUUUUUGGGUCACUGGAGUCUGUAUGUUGCUGUUCUGACGGUCACCUCCAUGAGUGUGCACCGCUAUCACAAUGUCAUCAAGUCAAGAAUCACUAACAGGAUGAUACUGCAGAGACUGGAAAGACGGCACAGGCGACUUCAGCUGAUUGGCAUCUGGAUUCUAGCCUUUGGCUUUUCCCUACCAGUAUUUUUUACUCAUGGAUUCGAAGACAAGAAUGGAUUGCUAAGAUGUCAGAGGACAAUGAAGUCACAGUGUGUAAAAGUGACUGUUUUGCUUUUUGAGAUCCUGGUGGGGUUUGUCAUUCCAUUUUGUAUAAUGUUGACAUGUUAUCUCUGGCUGCACAAAGGGUUGAGAUACAAAGCCAAGAGCUCCAGUCUAACUAGAGCUCCACAGGACCAGGAACCCAGAAACCAGAAGACAAACGUUAGGACUUACAAGAAGAGGCUUGUGAUCAGCAUCGUUGUGGCUUUCUUUCUGUUUUGGACUCCUGUGCACAUUAUCAAUGUGAUUGAUAUAGUCACUACUCUGACUAAAACAUCUCAUCCAGAUGUUCAUUCCCAACUGAAGUCCUUCCGCCGAGUAUAUGGUGAUGCAAGCAAGACUCUGGCUUUGCUAAACUGUUGUCUAAAUCCUUUUCUCUAUGCCAUCUCUUCACGGAAUCUAAUGAAAUGUUUCAGAAUGAGAUAAUUAAAAAAUUCUGAAUUAUUUAUUUGCAGUCAAAUAUGCUUU